GCUUUCAAAUAGUAAUGGAAUGACCUGCUCAAAAAAUAUUCACAGAAUGUUAGAGGCACACUUCUAUUUAGUCAUAAAAUGGAGAGUUUUGUACUUGAUUCUUUAGCCAGUUCAUACUUCAGUACAGGCUACUUAUUAAUUAUGUGACCCCGGAUCACAAAACCAGUUAUGAGGGUACAUUUUUGGAAAUUAGGAUUUUUACAUCAUCUGAAAGCUGAAUAGAUAAUCUUUCCUUUUAAGUAUGGUUUAUUAGGACAGGAUAAUAUUUGGUUGAGAGCCACCUCAACUGGCUUCUUUUAAUGUGGAGGAGCAGUGGCUCCCUGGGUGACAGAGCUCCUCACCUAAUCUCUGAAGUUGAAAUCUGUCACACAGCAAGGGAAGCUAAUUUCAGCUGCUUGUAACCGAGAUUUGGUUCUUUCAGUCAUGACCCAAAACCUAUGACCAUAGGUGAGAGUAGGACCUUAGAUUGACAAGUAAAUUGAGUGCUUUACUUUUCGGCUUAGCUCCUUCUUCACCACAGAAGACCUGUACGUUGACUGCAUUGCUGCUGCUGCACUGAGCCAUUUGUCAGCCUCAUGUCCAUUCUUCCCGUAUUCUUGAAAAAAACUCAAAAGACACUUGAGCUCUUCCACAUGGGGCAAGUAUUCUCCUCCAAUCUGGAGAUGGCAAGCCUCAUUUUUGCUGAUUCUCAUCCACACACGUCACACUCGAGAGCAAACUGUCCCAGUGCAUUUUGAAGGUCCAGGUCCAAUGAAGUCAACAGGAAAACAUCAUCUGCAAAUAACAGAGAUGACUUUCUGUUUCCUCAAACCAGACCCAGAGUCCAACAUGUUCAGGGACAAGCCUGACAUUUUGCAGGCAAUGCCGACCAAAUUGCUGCUCUGGUCAUACAGAGACUGAACAGCCCUUAACAGAGUGCCUUUAACCCAGGGGUGCCCAAACACAGUCCUGGAGGGCCGGUGUCCUGCAAAGGUUAGUUCCAAUCCCAGUCAGACACACCUGGGCAAGCUAAUCAAGUUCUUACUAGGCUUUUUAGAAACAUCCUGGCAGGUGUGAGGCAUGUUGGAGCUAAAAUCUGCAGGACACCGGCCCUCCAGGGUUGAGUUUGGACACCCCUGCUCUAACCCCAUACUCCAAGAGCACCCACUUCAUAUUCUACAACAGACAUGAAUAAAUACCUUCUCUGAGUGUACAAAGCACAUGUAGACUGGUUUGGUAAACUCCCAUGAACCCUCAAGCAUCGUAGAGAGAAUACAGAACUGAUCUAGUGUUUCACAGCCUGGACAAAAUCUGCAUUGUUCCUCCUGAAUCCGAAGUUCAACGAUCAGCUGGAUUCUCCGCUCCAGGACAUUGACAUAGGCUUUUCAAGUGAGGUUGAGGAGUGUGAUCCCUUAUAGUUGGACUACACCCUCUGGUCCCCCUUCUUAAAAAUGUGACAUCAACUUUUUAUAUUAUUUUGCGUUCUAUUUAUGCUAUUGCAUAAAAUUGACUUUUCAGUGUACUCCUGUUUUCACCCUCAAAAGUGAUUAUAGGACUACAUGUAUAAACUUGCAUUGCCUUUUUCUUUGGCCUCCUAUCUUUUACCUUUACUUUAUUGAUUUAUGAGCGCAAUGACUUGUUGAAAUCCAUUUAAUAGGUUAAAAAUUAAACCAGGCAGUACAUGUUCAAGGAGAUCACUGAUAAUCAUACACUGUUAUUUGUAAUCAUGAGACUUGUGGUCUGUUUUCUUUCUCUGCUCACUGUGUUCAGCGCUGGAGAAUGUGGGAAUAUAUUAGUCUGGCAUACUGAGGGCAGCCACUGGAUUAAUAUGAAGGUUGUGUUGAACACUUUGAUGGACAGGGGACACAAUGUUACAGUGCUGAUGCCUGAUGGCGCACUUUUUCUGAAAGCCAAAGAAUCGGAUCGCUUCUCCUACCAGAAAUUCAGUGUGUCCACAUCUUAACAGGACAUGCAAGAUUUGAUAGACGAAGUUCUGCGUUUCUCAGUGUUUGAGAUGGAGCAUUUAAACUUACUGCAGUUUCAAAUGAAAUUCUUCAAUCUUUAUUCCCGACAUCAAGAUAUGGGUUUGUCAUACUGUGAUGGCAUUCUGAAAUCUCCAUAGUUGAUGGACAAAUUGACAAAAGGAAAGUUUGAUGUUGUUCUGUCAGAUCCAAUGUACCCCUGUAGUGAUAUCGUGGCUGAAGUUCUGAACAUUCCCUUGGUUUUCACCUUGAGGUUCUCAAUUGCUCAUGCAGCAGAGCGCAUGUGUGGUCAGAUACCAGCUCCUUCAUCAUAUGUUACUGGAGCCACGAGUAAACUCACAGACAAGAUGAGCUUUUCAGAGCGAAUAUUCAAUAUGCUCUUCUACCUUUCUAUAGAUGCUUUUAGUGUUUCUUGGAAGAAAUUUGACAACUAUUACACUGAAUAUUUGGUGAGUAACAGGAAGCUUUCAAAUAAUAAUUAAAUGACCUGCUUAAAAAAUAGCAUUCACAGAAUGUAAGAGGCACACUUCCAUUUAGUCAUAAAAUGAAGGGGUUUGUACUUGUUUCUUUAGCCAGUUUAUACCUCAGUACAAAGUAGUUAUUUAUGAUGUGACCCCGGACCACAAAACCAGGCAUGAGUGUACGUUUUUGGAAAUUAGGAUGUAUACAUCAUCUGAAAGCCAAAUAGUUAAGCUUUCAAUUGAUGUAUGGUUCAUUAGGACAGCGUAAUAUUUGGUUGAGAGCCACCUCAACUGGCUUUUUUCGAUAUGGAGGAGCAGUGGCCCCUUGGGUGACAGAGCUCCUCACCCUAUCUCUGAGGGAAGAAAGCAAGUUUCAGUUGCUUGUAUCCGAGAUCUGGUUCUUUCAGUCAUGACCCGGAACCCAUGACCAUAGGUGUGAGUAGGACCUUGGAUUGAGCAGUAAAUUUAGAGCUUUACUUUUCGGCUUAGCUCCUUCUUCACCACAGAAGACAGGUACAUUGACUGCAUUGCUGCUGCUGCUGCACUGAGCCAUUCGUCAGUCUCAUGUCCAUUCUUCCCUUACUCUUGAACAAAACACAAAAGAUACUUGAACUCCUCCACCUGGGGCAAGGACUCUCCUCUAACAGGGAGAGGGCAAGCACCAUGGCCUUGGCAGUGCUGAUUCUCACCCCCACACGUUACACUCGAGAACAAACUGUCCCAGUGCAUUUUGAAGGUCAAGGACCAAUGAAGCCAACAGGACAACAUCAUCUGCAAACAGCAUGACUUUCUGUGUCCCCAAACCAGACCCAGAGUCCAACAUGUUCAUGGACAUGUCAAAAUUUUUGCUGGCAAUGCAAACCAAAUCUUCUGAUCAUAUAGAGACCGGACAACCCUUAACAGAGUGCCUACGACCCCAUACUCCCAGAGCACCCCCCACAAAAUUCCACAAAAAACAUGAUCAAAUACAGUACCUUCUCUAAGUCUACAAAGCACACGUGGACUGGUCUAGCAAACUCCCAUGAACCCUCAAGCACUGUAGAGAGAACAGAUCUGAUCCAGGUCCUGGACAAAAUCUGCAUUGUUCCUCCUGAAUCCAUGGUUCAAUUAUCAGCUGGAUUCUCCUCUCCAGUACGCUGGCAUAGGCUUUUCCAGGGAGGCUGAGUAUGAUGCCCUUACAGUUGGAACACACCCUCCAGUCCCCCUUCUUAAAAAUGUGACAUCAAUCUUUUAUUUUAUUUAGCUUUCUGCUUUAAAAAAAGUAUUGUGUAAAAUUGGCUUACAGGUACAUUUUUCAGUGUACCCAUGUUUUCACCCCCAAAAGCGAUUACCGUGUAUUGUUACGUCCCUGAUGUUAUGUGUCUAGGAGUGAGAGCAACAGUAAACAGUUUAAGGUUGGUUGGGGUGUGUAUCAGUCCCCUGUAGGGAUACUCAUUUCAGUUAAUUUUCCCAACCGACAACUGCCACUGGUUAACCAAAUAUUAACUUGUUAACCGGUCAAAUUAAUAUUGACUUAUUAUUUAAUACAAAAAUGAAUUGCCGUCUAACACAUGAAAUAUUUCAUUUUUAAAAUGGAGUCACCAGUUGAAGAGUUUUGGGCUUGUUCCUUUAGCUAAUCAGUUCUGUAAUUAUGUAAUACUUAUUUAAUUAUUCAUAAUAUGUGACCCUGAAUGACAAAACCAGUCAUAAGGGUAUUUUUAAAAUUGAGAUUUAUACCUCAUCUGAACGCAGAAUAGAUAUAAGUUAUGGUUCAGUAUGGUCUGAUAUGGUUUGUUUGGACAGAGUAAUAUCUGGCCGAGAUGCAACUAUUUAAGAAUCUAGAAACCGAGGCUUUAGAAAAAAAUCAAAAUACUGAGAAAAUAGCCAAAAUUAAGGUCCUUAGCAAUGCAUAUUACUAAUCAAAAAUUACAUAUUCAUAAAUUUGCAGAAGGGAAAUGGAACAUCUUGUUUACAUAAUAUCCUUUGAAUUUGGCAUAAAAGACAAAUCAAUAAUUUUGACCCAAAUAAUGCUAUACAAUGCUUGUGGUCCAGGGUCCCAUAUAGCAUUUACAGCUGUUCAUACAGUAUAAUGUGCUGCAACAUACUGAAUACUAUACAAAAAAAUGUAUAUACUAUCAAACACACUUCA